AUGACUUCGACCUCGACCCCGACUGAUGCUCCUCAAGCAACGACUCCGAACCCGACCACUACUGCGACUGUAGAGGUGAGAAGGACGAUCUCACCGUAUGACCUGACCUCAGCUGAUAAUCCAGGAGCGGUAAUCUCUCAUCCGCUGCUGAAGGGCACUAACUACGACGAGUGGGCUUGCGGGAUCAAAACGGCGUUAACGUCACGAAAGAAGUUCGGUUUUCUCGAUGGCACUAUUGAGAAACCACAAGAGGGAUCCGCUGAUUGGGAGGAUUGGUGGACAAUCCAAGCUCUCUUGGUCUCUUGGAUCCGCAUGACUAUUGAUCCGGUCUUGCGGUCGACAAUCUCACAUAGAGAAGUUGCUAAAGACCUGUGGGAUUACCUGAAGAAACGCUUUGCGGUGAUGAAUAGAUCUCGCAUUCAACAGAUCAAGGCUGAGCUAGCUUGCUGCAAACAGAGAGGCCUUGCCAUUGAGGCCUAUUACGGCAAGCUAAACCGAAUCUGGGAUAGUCUUGCCACAUAUCGUCCCGUACGAAGAUGUCAGUGUGGCCUGUGUACUUGUGACCUUGCAACUGCACAAGAGUCUGAUCGGGAGGAGGACAAGGUCCAUAAGUUUUUAUGUGGUCUUGAUGACCAAUUUCGUGCAGUCCGUUCCAGUCUCGUUGCAAGAGUUCCGGUGCAGCCCUUAGAGGAGGUGUACAACAUUGUCAGGCAGGAGGAAGAUUUACGUGUAAUUGGUGAGGAGAAAUCAGAGGUGGUGUCUUUUGCGGUGAAUACCAAACCACGUUUCAAACUGGAAGAUAAAGACGGUUUGCUCUGCAAACUCUGCAACCGGAAUGGUCACACUUCAGAUCGAUGCUAUGCGGUCAUUGGAUACCCAGAGUGGUGGGGUGAAAGACCUAGGAGUCGUUCCCUACAAGGCCGAGGACGUGGAGGUUCCACUGGUGGCGGACGAGGGAGAGGACACACGACAUAUGCGAAUCACGUCGUGGUUCCUGCGGUUGAACCUGCUGACAAAGAGCAAGUCAAUCUUGUUAUUACUGACAAGGACCGUGAUGGCGUAAGCGGUUUGUCUGACCAACAGUGGAGCGCCAUUAAGACAAUCCUGAAUGCUAAGAAGGAAAGCACAAACGAGAAGUCUUCUGGUAAGUCUACUUCUUUUUCUUGGAUACUAGAUACUGGGGCCUCACAUCAUUUAACAAGUAAGUUUGAUAUUCUGUCAAACAUACGGGAUAUGCCUCCAGUUUUAGUAAUUCUUGCUGAUGGUCGGGAACGAGUAUCUACUAAACAAGGUUCAGUUCGACUUGGGUCUGGUUUGGUAUUGCAGUCAGUGUAUUAUGUUGAAGAGUUAAAAUCGGAUUUAAUAUCUUUAGGACAGCUCAUGGAUGAGAAUAGUUGUGUGGUUCAGAUGUCUGACACAUUUCUGGUUGUCCAGGACCGACAUUUGAGGAUGGUGAUUGGAGUUGGUAAGAGGGUCGGAGGCACUUUCUACUUUCGCAGCAUGGAUGUGGUCGCAGCAGUCACAACGACGGACACAGACACAUUGGCGUUGUGGCAUCAAAGAAUGGGACAUCCAUCUGCAAAAGUUUUAGGAGAGCUUCCUUGUAUUUCAAGUUCUGUUUCAGUUUCAAAGUUGAAUAAGGAUUGUGAUGUGUGUUAUCGCGCAAAAUAA